AUUUGUUUUGCUCAUUUGCAAAACCGAUCGAUUUUCGCUGCUGGUUUUUGGUCGUGGUUAAAAAAUUCUGAAGAAAUUAUUGAAAUAAAUCGUGAAAAGGAAGACUUCAACAUGCUUCAAGAAUACGAGGACGAUUAUUACCUGGAGGAGGAUAAAAUAAGCGGUUCCACUAGCAAAGGAAAAGAUCGAUCCGCAGAACAAAGUUUGCUCCUUUCGGAUCAAGUCCAAAGCGAGCUGCCGUUACUUUCCGAUAUCGGUAGUACCGAUUCGAUACAAAAUACCAGCACUAGGACUACCAAAGAUAGUUCUGUAGAGGGGGAUGACCCGAACAGCAGUACCGGACUGGGUAGGGUCAAGGACGAAAUCGCUUUCGCCACCAACGACGACCUUCCGGAUCCGGUGCUGUACGCCGAUGGUUGCGUUGACGAUUCGAAGAUCAUUAUGCUUUGCCAGAAGCAGGAGAUGGAAAGGCUGGGCAUGACUGUCAGUUCCGGGACGGUGGUGGUCAAAAAGGAUACCACAAAUCUAAUUGGUAUAAGCAUAGGUGGAGGGGCUCCCCUCUGUCCCUGUCUCUAUAUAGUUCAGGUCUUCGACGGAACUCCGGCAGCUCGCGAGGGAACACUUCAGAGUGGUGAUGAGCUUCUGGGCGUCAACGGCGUUUCGGUUAAAGGAAAAACCAAAGUAGAGGUCGCUAAGAUGAUACAAGCGGCCACCGAAGAGGUCACCAUCCACUACAACAAACUGCAUGCCGAUCCGACUCAGGGCGAAACGUUGGACAUCGUGCUGAAAAAGAUGAAGCACCGUUUGGUGGAGAAAAUGUCCAGCAGCACGGCCGAUACACUGGGAUUGUCCAGAGCGAUACUGUGUAACGAUUCGCUGGUGAAACGCUUGCAGGAGCUAGAACGGACUGAGGCAGUGUAUAAAGGACUGGUUGAACAUGCAAAACGAAUGCUAAAAGCCCAUUUCGAUGUACUCCAAACUUACCAGCAGUUCGGUAACAUCUUCGCUGCGAUCAGCGUUCGCGAACCGCAACCCCGAGCAUCUGAAGCUUUCCGAAUCUUCGGUGAGCUACAUCGCAACAUGGAAAAGGAUGGCAUCAAAAUGAUCAAAACCCUAAAGCCCAUUCUCGCUGACAUGGGCACCUAUCUGCAUAAGGCUAUUCCGGACACGAAACUUACCGUCAAACGAUACGCCGAUGCCAAAUUCUCGUACCUUUCGUACUGUCUGAAAAUCAAAGAAAUGGACGAUGAAGAGCACAGCUACGCAGCUAUCCAGGAGCCGUUAUAUCGAGUGGAAACAGGGAACUACGAAUACCGACUCAUUUUGCGUUGCCGCCAGGAAGCACGCGUUAAGUUCGCUAAACUGCGGAGCGAUGUUCUCGAAAAGAUUGAACUUCUCGAAUGCAAACACGCUCGGGACCUUGCCUCUCAGUUGCGAAAGUUCAUUCAGGGUCUAUCAACGCUCGCUUCGGAAACGGUCGAGAGGCUCGAGUCCAUCCCAAAUCUUUUCCCGAUCGAAGUCGACCUGAAGGCAAGUGCUUUCCAGUACAAGUCUGCGCUGAAGUUCCAACCCGAAGAAGAGGUAGAGGAAGAAGUUCACCAGGCUGAGGAAGCAAUUGAAACUCCAGCCCUGGUUGCGCGGAAUGGGAGUCGUGACUCUGCUAACAAUGGAGGAACUUCGAUUGACCAGUUGCUGGCUGGAUUCGAAGAAGUGGAUCUUAAUAAAAGCUGCUCGGGUAGUUCGGGAGACAAUGUUGAUUUGCUGACAGAAUUGGGCCUGGCUGACAUCGAUCUAUCCGUUGGAAAAGCACCGUCGAUGGGAACCAGUCUGAUUGAUGAUCUACUAAUACCAGAGCUUGGAAGUUUCGAUAAAUAAAGUACGGUUUUAUGACUAUAUGUGUAAUAUUAUUUAUUUGUGUACUAAUAUAUUUAUUCAUGUUGUAA